AAAUGGUGGGCGUGACUCGUAAAUGGUUCGGUAGGUCGAGCCUCUCGUUGAGAGAGAAUUUCAGGUGUCAUUAAACCUAUAUAUGACAUUCGAUUGUUUGAAGUACUUAUGGAGUAUUAUAAUUUGUACGAUUGAUUUUAAACCCACGUGGUAAACUGACUAUUUGUUUGGCUAGUUACCCAAUCAAGCUAGCCACUGUGCGUCUGCAAAAUAACUCCUUCUACACCACGGUACCAAAUUAAUUGCAAUUCAAGCGCCAAAUAGAGGUAUACGAGUCCAAAAAAUGACGAGCUUUGCCGCCAAAGUAUUUUGUAGGGCCGAGAAGCUGUGCCACCAGCUCCCCGUCGUCCUCAACACUUUCCUGGUUUUCUCCAUAACUGGGGAGGUGAGCUACCUGGUGCUCGUCGAAGCACCGCUGGAGGCGGAGCAAAAGAAGACGGAGUGGUCCUCCUGGUGGAAGUUGAUCCACCUGCUGGCACAGUAUUUCAUGCUGGGGAACAUCUGCUGGAACGCCCUGCUCUUCGUAAAGACCAGCCCCAGUAUCAAAGGCGUGUUCCUGGGUGGAGAUGGCUUGGGCCAGGGGUGGAGGUACUGUUACACGUGUGAGACGCACACUCCUCCACGCUGCUCCCACUGCUACGACUGUAAGGUGUGCGUACUGCGGCGGGACCACCACUGCGUCUUUUUCGGCCAGUGCGUGGGCUUCCGGAACUACCGCUUCUUCCUGAGCUGCCUGCUGUUCAUGUGGUCGGGGCUGCUGUACGCCAUGCUGAUGAACGCAGAGGUGUUCAUCGUCAUCCUGAAGGAGGGUGUGACCCUGCACAGCGUCCUGCUGCUCCUCAUUCCCUGGAUCAUGCUUGUUUCAGGCCAGGUCUCGGCUCGUGCCUUCGCCUUUGCUUUCAUCGCUGACACAUGCGUGGUGGGUUUCCUCCUCGUGUCCGCCUUCUUCUUCUUCCAUCUCUUCCUGUUGUUUCGGGGUCAGACCACCCGGGAGUGGUACUCGUCCCGCCGCCCCUACCACCUGGGACUCCUGGGGAACCUGCGCCACACGCUGGGGCUCCGCUGGUACAUCUGCUGGCUCUGCCCGCUCAUCCCGUCCCCGCUGCCCGGAGACGGCCUAACCUUCCAGGUCACUGGAUCGCUGGAGCCCUCCCGGUAACAGGAGGCCCCUCCGGGCUCUUCAGUGCUUGCUCUAGCUGUGGCGGUUAAUGUUUUCGGGAGCAGCAGAGAGGAAGAAAAUGUAGCUUUGGAUGGGAUGGUGCAGGGAUGGUGCAGGGACGGUGGGGUUGUUUAGAUGUUAACCGAUGUGGUUGUCUGCCCGUGUCCCCUGUGGCGUUUUGCAGUGCAGAAUAGGGAAAUGAAUGGGUUGUUGUGAAGGUAUUAUGAUCUUGUCCUUCUGAUUGAGGCUGGCCUCAGAAUAUUCAUUGUUAUUGUUAUUAUAAUGAACAAAGUUUCAUGUGGAUACUGAGCACUGAAGAUAAGUUUAAAAUAAGAAUGUAUUUUAGAGAUGAUGAAAGAAUGCAAAAAAAUGUAGUUUUAAAGUCCCUGACACAAGCUCUUGGGGCAGAUGGACUGGACACGUCUAUUUGGAUGUGGACCUGAAGACCACGGGCACAUAAAGUCAUUGUGAGCGUCUUACUGGCUGUUGUGUAUUUCCAGCUAGGAUCUCUAUGUUUUUCCCUUGUUUACAUGAGCUCCUGAGCUGCAUCUGAGUUUCUUACCCUUUGCUUUUCUUUGGAUGUUUGUUGUGUCGGGUAAAGCCAUCAGUCAGUCCCGUCUGCACGCCUUAAGCAGAGAGUCCCAUGUUUCACUUCACCUGUUGUUGAUAGUCUGGUAAUUACAGUAUUUAAAAUACACAUCGCUCUGGUUUGUAAGCAGGCUGCCUACAUUGUUUGUAUUAUUUUGUUCCUGUUUCACCUUUGUUUACUGAUUGUAGAAAUAAACCUGUCUUCAUGGUAUACAAAAAAAACACCCAAAGAGAACACAAAAUGUUUUUCUAAAAAAACGUACCUGUUUACAAUGUUUUGAGAUGAUGCUGCCUGCUUUUAUUAGAAUGAAAUUUAGACAGGGGACAACGCUAGGAUGUCUUGACUUGAUGCCAACUGGACGUUAAUGACCUCACAAGUCCUUUUUUUAGUUUAGAUCUUUCUUGAUAUAAUUUUUUUCAUGGAGACAAAUUACUAUUUGGGGGAGGGGGCAUAUUGUUAAAGAUACAGAACAGCCAAAACAUAUGUUGCAUUGAUUAUGUAAGAAUUAAUUGUUUGUUUAAGAUGUUUGACAUUAUUUGUGGUGUUGGGAUUUGCCAUUUCAAAGUGUCUUAAUAAACUACUUGAAGGGAGAUA